AAACAACUGUUUCAACACAGAAAGAACAAGAAGGUACCUGUAGAGAAAAUGCACAUCCAGCUACCACCGUUUAUCACGGUGUCCAAUCUUGCUACCACGAUGAAUAUUCCCUUAAACGAUGUGUUGAAGAAGUUAAAGGUACUCGGAUACGAAGAUAUGAGACACAACUUCAUCUUGGACAAAGAGAACGCUUCAUUAAUUGCUGAUGAAUAUAAUUAUGAAGUAAGUAUCAGUGAGGAUACGGAGGGUGAUUUAUUUCCAGCUGCAGUAAAGCCAGAGUUGUUGAAAGAAAGACCUCCUGUAGUGACGAUCAUGGGCCAUGUAGACCACGGAAAAACCACCAUCUUAGACUACUUGAGGAAGUCUUCUGUAGUAGACCAGGAGUUUGGUGGGAUCACCCAGCACAUCGGAGCUUUUUCAGUGAUUACGCCUGUUUCCAAGAAGAAAAUUACAUUCUUAGAUACCCCCGGUCAUGCGGCAUUCUUAAAGAUGAGACAGAGAGGUGCCAUUAUUACAGAUAUCGUUAUCUUGGUAGUGGCAGCAGAUGAUUCUGUCAUGCCUCAGACGAUCGAGGCUAUCAAACAUGCCAAAAAGGCUGGAGUACCAGUAAUUGUGGCGAUCAACAAGUGCGAUAAGCAGGGUGUAAAUGUAGACAAAGUUUUAGGCGAUCUCGCUGCGCAAGAUAUCGAUAUCGAGGACUACGGUGGGGAUACCCAAACGGUCAGAGUUUCUGGGAAAACGGGAUUGAACAUGGAUAAGUUAGAAGAAGCCGUUAUCACUUUGAGUGAAAUGAGUGAAUUCAAAUGCGAGUUCAGCAACAUUCCUGCCGAAGGAUGGAUUAUUGAGUCUCAAAUCGUUAAGGGCAUGGGUAACAUCGCUACUGUGCUUGUGCGCAGAGGUACGGUGAAGAACGGCGACAUUUUGGUUGCUGGCACCACCUACUGUAAAGUCAGAGGCAUGAAAGAUGAGAAUGGAAAGCCAUUGAAGAGUGCUGGUCCGUCUACACCCAUUCAGGUAUGGGGCUGGAAGGACUUACCAGACAGUGGAGACCAUAUUAUCCAGGCAAAAAGCGAGCUGAUAGCUAAAAAAGUCACCGAAGUCAGAGAAACAAGAAGAAAAGAGAUCCAGAUGACGCGAGAUAUCGAGUCUAUCAACAAAAAGAGACAAGAAGAAAUCGAGCUCAGCAAGAAGACGGAUAUGAUCAACGAGAUGAAGAAGGCUGGGUUGUCUGCUUCUAUUACCGAAGAGCCCAGCAUCAUAGACUGUAAGUAUAUAAUCAAGUCAGAUGUCUUUGGUUCUGCUGAAGCUAUCAAAGAAAGUAUCGACGGUCUCGGGAACGAAGAAGUUAGAUCGGUAGUGAUUUCUCAUGAAGCCGGUCCACCAACUGAGUCUGAUAUUAGUCUAGCAAAGACUUUGAAUGCGAAGAUUCUCUGCUUCAACAUCAAGGUACCCAAGACGAUCAUCAACAAAGCUGACCAGGAUAGUGUUAUCAUAAAGGAACAUAACAUCAUUUACCGUCUUAUUGAAGACGUUACGGACGAGUUACAGUCGCACCUCAAGCCUAGAAUCGAGGUCAAGACUACCGGUGAUGUUGAAAUCAAGGACAUUUUCACGGUUUCGGUCAAGAAGAGCAAAGUCAAGAUUGCGGGAUGCAAGGUAUCUACUGGUAGUAUCAAGCGUGGCUCCAGGGUCAAAGUCUUGAGAGCAAAGGAAGUAGUUUACGAAGGCACUUUGUCGUCGUUGAAGAGAGGAAAAGACGAUAUUCAGGAGGCCAGAAAGGGCAAUGAGUGUGGUUUGGCUUUUGAGAGAUGGGACAAGUUUGAAGCUGGCGAUACAAUUGAGGUAUUUGAAGAAGUGGAGCACCAACGUUUCUUGUGA